AUCUAUGAUUUGAACAAUGUACCUCUCGUUUCUGGAACGUCCUUUAUCAAAUGGCAUCUCACUCACUCUAUGCAUGCCGAGCAUCGCGGCCGCACUGCAAAGGCUGCCAUUGCCAAUCAUCGGGUGGAGUACAACUUCCACAAGGUGAUUACAGGCGUGCGCAUGUCCGUCGACAAAAACAACAGCCUCAAUGAGUGUCAGCUGGAGCUCGAAAUCGUCCAAGAGUUUGCGCUUACCGAAAAGAUCACCCUUGGUUAUAUCAAGAUUAACCUCGCCGAAUUUGUCGAGGAGAGCGAAACUUUUAUGAGAGAUCCUGCCUCACCAACGUCAUCCAGAAGACGAACCAACAGCGCUGGGCUGAGUCCUACGAGUGCCAAGGAGCUAAAACUGUCUGAUGAGAUUCAGAGAGAGACACAGGAUGGCAUCGUGCGCAGAUAUCUCAUGCAAGAAAGCAAGGUCAACAGCACUCUCAAAAUUAGCAUCCUGCUCAUCCAAGUAGAUGGUGAACGCAAUUUCGUUGCGCCGCCGCUGAAAACGGCCCCAGUCUUUGGAGGAAUUGUAGGGUUCAUGGCGCCGGAACAAGUUGAAGAUGAAAUUUUAGGACCCCUACCGAACUUAUCCAAGAAUCGGGAUGUCGCCGAGGUGCAAGAUCUAUAUCGUCGGACCCUCGCAGCAUCGUGGACUCGCCAGCCUGCGGAGCUCUCUACUGAUGAAUGCAUCGAGGACAUCUUCUCUGGCGGCAACGGCUGGAGGACCAAGCAUAGAAGCGCCACCAGCCCUGAUUCUGAGGACGACUACUAUGACGAGGAUAUCGACAACUCGGGCACCCUUCGGCCCAAUGAAUAUCGCCGCAUGGCAAUGAACCACCGCCGUAACCACUCGAAUUCCUCGUCCCAUUAUCGCCCCGGCAGUUCCUAUCAACACCAAAGUCCCCAUUCUCAUCACCAUCGUUCGCUUUCCGGCUCGAGCGACAAGAGCUUCUCAACCGUCACAGUGGGAGGGAACCGCAAUCCGCCUAAGAAGGGUGUGCGUAUUCUCCGUGACGACAGCCGCGAAGACGACUUGAUGAGCGCCAAGAGCGUUGGCAGUCUGAUGAGCCUAGCACCCACGAAUGGGAGCAGCGAGCGUGAAAGAGAGCAUAUGAAGCGUGCAAAGGAAAUUGAAGAGUCUGAUGUGAGAGAUAAUUUAGUUGCUUGGUGUUUACCUGGG